GCUGCUGGCAGAGCCGCCGGGAGUGAGCUUCCCAGGUCCGGGAUCCCCAGCCCCGCGGAGUCGCCCGCGCGUCCUGGCCCCCCACGGACCUGCCAGCGCCCCCCCGGGGAACAAAAGCGGAGCCCCCCGCCCCCCAACCCCCCCAGCUGUCCCUCUCCUGCAGCCAGAGGAUGAGUCGAGAGGGCUGAGCGGAGAGUGUGGUCCUCGGUGCCGGGAAGUUGAUCACUGAGAACAGCAGGCAUUGCCUUGGCAAGGUUACAGGAUAAACGUGCUGCUUUGAGGACAUCUGCAUCCAGCAAAACCUUUCUUUUCUCUCCCUGGGGCAUAAUCUUGGAAAAACACAUCUGUUAUUCUGGAGCCUUCGUUCCUCAUCCUGAUCUCAGAGAGUUCUUCCACCACUGGAGAUUUCACAGACCAGCCAAACAGAUAACCACAAUAAAGCAAAACUUGCGGAUGGGUGCAGAGUUUUCAACUUAAUUCACCCAGCAUUCUACAAGACAUUGUGGUGAACCUUGGCUCUGAGUCUUCAUGAUUGAGGGACUUUUUGUGCAUGCAAAGUUCUGGAGACCAGAAGUCAGAUAUCAAGGUGUCCACACAACUGUGCUCCUCCCAACGGCUUUAGGUAGAUUCUGCUCCUUACCUCUUCCAGCUUCUCGUGGCCGCAGUGCUCAGAAGGAGUGAUUGAAAUGUGCAGCUCGGGGUGUCGUUUCUGAAGGGAGGUGCCGUUCUCGUGGAGAGGAGUCCUCCAUGAACCUGGCCAAGGCCCGGGAUCUGUGUGAAGUGGACUAAGGAUUUAGUAGGAUGUCAACUGAGACAGAACUUCAAGUAGCUGUGAAAACCAGCACCAAGAAAGACUCCAAAAAGAAAGGUCAGGAUCGCAGUGAAGCCACUUUGAUAAAGAGGUUUAAAGGUGAAGGGGUCCGGUACAAGGCGAAACUGAUCGGAAUUGAUGAGGUUUCUGCAGCUCGGGGGGACAAGUUAUGUCAAGAUUCCAUGAUGAAACUCAAGGGCGUUGUUGCUGGCGCUCGCUCCAAAGGAGAACACAAACAGAAAAUCUUUUUAACCAUUUCCUUUGGAGGAAUCAAGAUCUUUGAUGAGAAGACAGGGGCCCUCCAGCACCAUCAUGCUGUUCACGAAAUCUCCUACAUCGCGAAGGACAUCACAGAUCACCGGGCCUUUGGCUACGUUUGUGGGAAGGAAGGGAAUCACAGAUUCGUGGCCAUCAAAACAGCUCAGGCAGCUGAACCUGUUAUUCUGGACUUGAGAGAUCUCUUUCAACUUAUUUACGAGCUGAAGCAAAGGGAAGAAUUGGAAAAAAAGGCACAAAAGGAUAAGCAGUGUGAACAAGCUGUGUAUCAGACAAUUCUGGAAGAGGAUGUGGAAGAUCCCGUAUACCAGUACAUUGUGUUUGAGGCUGGACAUGAGCCCAUCCGUGAUCCUGAAACAGAAGAAAACAUUUAUCAGGUUCCCACCAGCCAAAAGAAGGAAGGUGUUUAUGACGUGCCCAAAAGUCAACCUGUAAGUGCUGUGACCCAACUAGAACUUUUUGGGGACAUGUCCACCCCUCCUGAUAUAACCUCUCCCCCUACUCCUGCUACUCCAGGUGAGGCCUUUAUCCCGUCUUCAUCCCAGACACUUCCGGCGAGUGCAGACAUGUUCGGUUCUGUAUCUUUCGGCACUGCUGCUGUACCCUCAGGUUACGUGGCCAUGGGGGCCGUCCUCCCGUCCUUCUGGGGCCAGCAGCCCCUCGUGCAACAGCAGAUCGCCAUGGGUGCUCAGCCGCCAGUUGCUCAGGUGAUGCCAGGGGCACAGCCCCUCGCCUGGGGCCAGCCGGGCCUCUUCCCCGCCACACAGCAGCCCUGGCCAGCCGUGGCCGGGCAGUUCCCGCCAGCCGCCUUCAUGCCCACACAAACUGUAAUGCCUUUGCCAGCCGCCAUGUUCCAAGGUUCCCUCACGCCCCUGGCCACGGUCUCAACCCCGGGCGACUCCAGCAGGUCGAGUCCACAGGCUGACAAGGCCAGGCAGAAGAUGGGGAAAGAAAUGUUUAAGGAUUUCCAGAUGGCCCAGCCGCCCCCCGUGCCCUCCCGCAAGCCUGACCAGCCCUCCCUCACCUGUACCUCAGAGGCCUUCUCCAGUUACUUCAACAAAGUCGGGGUGGCACAGGAUACAGAUGACUGUGACGAUUUCGACAUCUCCCAGUUGAAUUUGACCCCUGUGACAUCCACCACGCCGUCGACCAACUCACCUCCAACCCCAGCCCCUAGACAGAGCUCUCCCUCUAAGUCAUCCGCAUCCCACGCCAGUGAUCCCACUACAGAUGACAUCUUCGAAGAGGGCUUUGAAAGUCCCAGCAAAAGCGAAGAGCAAGAAGCGCCUGAUGGGUCACAGGCCUCAUCCAACAGUGAUCCAUUUGGUGAGCCUGGUGGGGAGCCCAGUGGUGAUAAUCUAAGUCCAGAGGCCGGUAGCUAGAUAGCGCAGGUCUGGGAGCUGGAGCCUCUCUAUGCGCAGAUCAACAGACCUAAGAAGUAGCGUCGAUGCGGGCUCAUGGUGGAUGCUUCCAGACUGGCAUGGAAAUCAGCAUUGUGACAGGCUCUUGUAUUCUUUCACCUCACUCCAUCCCACAAAGAAAUUCAUAAUUGCCCGGUGGAACUCAUUUGGAAGAGGGAACUAAGUGAUUUUUGGCAACCCAUGGCAGAUGUCUAUGGCAGCACAAAACAAAACAACAUAAAGAAACUACAGAAGUAUUUUUUAAAAUAACAUACCCAGCUUUAAAUCACAAAUUGAGCAAAUGAUUCCCUGGCAAGUAUGUCGAACUCUAUUAGCAUGGGCUUCAUAUGACCCAAGAUAUGAAAUCAUUGGCCUUUUUAUUUCUCUACCUGUUUAGCAUUGUAGAGUCAUCAAAUUUGGAGGGACAGGUCUCGGGAAUGACAACAGGGUUGACACUGACUUCUUCUAGCCUAAAGCAAGAGGUCCCCUGUCACCCCAGCAUUGUGGGAUACUGAUUUUUUUUAGCACUCUACAGGGCCUUGUCUGCCAUUCCCCCACUCUUCCUUUAUUUCUAAUGAUGGAAAAUUAAUGAGUGUACAAAUUUUUGUAUUGCUUUUGACUUUCUUAGAUAUGGAUAAAGAAAUCUAACUGGGGGUGGGGGGGAUGCUGCCAAUGAAAUGAAGUAACUUGAAAACACAAGGCAAGUAAGUGGUGGGUGAGUAUUUCUUUAUGGUCAAGAAAGUUGCCAAAACAGCCCUUUCGCUCUUCUGCAUCCUGGUGAAGAAAGACUGCUUUGCAUUUGAACUGCAUUAUCUGUGCAGGAAAAGACACGAAUUCCGCUAAUGAGAAAGACAAAAUCUCCAUUUGAUUUCCUAAGACGCUCUAAGCACUAAAUACAAUAAAUGGAUAUCUUUUAUUUUUCUGAUAUCUUGCUGCUGUGAUGUUCUGCAGACAAGUGUCUUCUCCGUGUGCCAUUUUCAAAGAAAAGUCAUUUGCCAAAUAAUUCUGGAACAAUCCCGGUAAUGUGGUUUUUGGAUCUUGAACAACCAACUUUCUAACAGAACAAUGGUGACAUGAAUAUUCAGAAGAACAAACUGAUUCUGGGGUCACAACGGUUCAUCUCAAUCUCUUUUUGUACAUCAGAAAAUUCAAAUGGGAUUUUUAUUUUGUAACUUGGAGAAAGAAAAAAAACCUUACCAUUAAACUCUUUAAAUAUUUAAAGGAAAUGGCUUUAAGGAGUUCUAAUGAAAAAAAAUGCCAGUUUUUUUUGUAAAUAUAAAUGUUAAUGAAAAUGCUUUUUAAUAAUGCCAUUACACUGUAGAGAAGGUAGCAUAUUGAGUGCAAAAUGUGACAAACUUGAUGGAUGGGGCUCACUUUCCAGAUGUUACUCUGGAGUUGAUGGGAGGAAGCGAGAAUCCAGGGACACCUGGCAGGGGCAGCGGACCAGUCCACAGCUAGUGAACAAGAAGGGAGCAUGGGACUGCAUUACCCAGCCAUUUGCCCAAUUACCAGAGUACCAAGUACCCAAGUACCUGCCCUCUGCAUAAAAUAAAAGACAAUUUACAGGUUGAGAUAAAUUUCUGAAUUCAGUUUCUGAACCUCUCUCCCACUCCCGCCUAGGCCCCUAGAGAUCACUGGACUGUUUGUACAUGGAACAAGAGUUUAAGCUUCCUUUUUUUACAUUUAUGAGACAAGAAGUGCAGUGUUCAGUUCGUAUGUUUAGCACAUGAUUUUCAUAAAGAAUCUAUAUAUUUUUGCCCAACAGAGAAUUGUUCUACAGGUCAAAUGUGUUUUCCUGAUGUUCCUAUGCAGUUACAGUAUGCUGAAUUUAGUGGUUUAACACUAAGAAGAAAACUUUAAAGAAUCAUGUGAUUAAUUGGACUGGGGGAUAAUUGUAAUUAUUAUUAUUUGGUUUUAAAAUUUGAGAAGUAGCAUUGACAUUGGUAUGAUCGACUUGCAUAGGCUUGCGCACUUGGGGUCUUCAUUUCCAUAGCAAGGAAAAUGAUUUGGGAAAAGGUGUACCCAGUCACCAAAGGAAUAUUGAUCCACAAGGUUAUCAUUGCUGUUGGAAGUCCAAACGUUUCAUGGUCAAGUCGCCAGAAUCUAACUCCUUUCCAGCUAAGUAGACUGACCAAGUGCCCAUUGGAGAAUUUACGUGAAUGCUAUCCUAAUGUGAAAGGGUGGAAGAACCAGAUAACUGAGAAUGGAAUGUACCUCCCUCUCUCACCUUUGGUCUCCAUGAUUUCUCCAGGAACAUGUGGACCUUUUCUGACUAGGGAAGCCUUGCACAGGAGGGAGGAAAGGGGGAUCACUGUGCAUGUUGUCCUGAAACUAGUUUGAUUGUGUCUUCUCGGGAUUGGAUCAGAGGGACAGGUCUCCUGGGGGAAAUGGCUGGCAAUGUGAUGUGGGCUGUGAUUCUGAUUCUAAACAAGUGGUGCUAUCUUCUCCCUCCAUGUGGUCGUGCAGAGUCUCUCUUGCAGUAUCACCCCAUUGUACUGGUUCUUGGGGUUGUUUCGGACAUGUUCCCAGUGAAAGUGGGCUGACGUAACUGUUUCAGGAAUGUCAUCUAGAGUGAAUGUCACAGCAGAAAGGGACAGACCACGGACUUAACAUCUUUCAUGGAUUGGUUGGGGAAGGGGAUUGACUUUGAACUGCACGAAGAGGCCCCAUUAAGUGAAAUUAAGUGAAGAUUUGAAACUGCCACCCGUGUGGUCACUGGCAGAAUUCUGAUUCUUAGCACUGUUAUGGGAGCACAGAAACACCACCAUAUCCUCGUCCAGGGAUACAGUGACAUUUGCAAAUAAGAGCAGAGGUGCUGACACUCGAAGGCCGUGGGGAGUUUGCAGUUUCAGUUAGAUGGAUAGAAAAAUCCACAUGUACAACUGUUAAUUCCUCAUCCUUCACGAGCACUAAAUUUGUCACUUUAAAUUUUGAAACCAGGGAAAUGCCACCUGUCACUCAUUCCCAUCCCCUGUAGUUGCUCACUUUCUACAUACCAUACCGCGAGACUUUUUUGAUAAUUUGUCCUCAUCCCAGUGUCAACUGAAACCCCAUCAUGUAAUGUACCGGCGGGCACCUUCUUUAAAAAACAAAAUGUUUACUCUGUGGGUUUGGUUCAUUUCAAUUUCUGCGUUCUGACACAUAUUUUUUUAAUAAAGAUGAGAACGAGAAAAUGACUGUGGCCGUACAUUUCUAGACCUACUUUAACUUUACCUCAGAUGACAGUUUGUUAACAUAUAUGGACACAUUAUUUUUAACUUUAUGUACAAUACAUUCAACAGAACAGCAAAUUUUUAGAGAUUUUCCAUUAAUUUCUGUAACACACCAUGUGAAACUGUUACAAAUAAACAUGUUUGAGAACAACA